AUGGCUAAACUUGUACAUGACGUCCAAAAGAAGCAGCAUAGGGAGCGUUCUCAAGUUACUAGCCGUGCUAGACUAGGUUUUUUAGAGAAGCAUAAAGACUAUGUCAAGCGUGCUCAAGAUUAUCAUAGAAAGGAAAAUACAUUAAAGGUUCUUAGAAGUAAGGCCAAAGAAAGAAAUCCAGAUGAAUAUUAUCAUGCUAUGCACUCAAGAAAAGUGGAUGAGAAAGGUCUCCUCAUAACAUCACGUCGCUCUGCCGAAGAAGAUGAAUCUCUAAGUACAGACCAAGUUAAAUUACUUAAAACACAAGAUAGUAAUUAUGUUAGAACACUAAGACAAAUAGAAUUAAAGAAACUGGACAAAAAAUCCAAAGACUUAAUGUUUCAAGCAAACGGUAGACACACAGUUUUUGUUGAUAAUCAAAAGGAAAUGGAAGAAUUUGUUCCAGAGAAACAUUUUAAUACAACUUCUGAAAUGUUAGAACGUCGUGAAAAUAGACUCACAAGGGAUCAGCUGACUUCUAAUGGUUCUAUGUCGUCUUCUGCAAUUAUGCCAAAAGAAUCUCUUGAAAAGAAGAAAUUGAAAAAAUUUAAGAUAGUAAAACAACAUAUGGAAAGAGAACAAAAACUUAAGGGAGUUCAGCAGAGAAUGGAUUUGCAGAGGGAAGUAAUGAAGAAAGGUUCUAAAAAGAAGGUGACAGACUCUAAGGGGAAUGUGUCUUUUAAAUGGAAGAACCAACGUAAGCGUUAG